GGGCGCUGGCGCCGGCCUCCUCAGGCGUGCGGGGGAGGCCCCGGCCCCAUGGCGCUUGGCCUCCUCGCCCCUUCUCCCCUGCCGCAGGUGACGCCCCUCCACCGUGCAAAGGUCGCCCUUUUCCCUCAGGGGUGGGAGCCCCGGCCUUUCCGCUACCGGGGCGGGAGGCGUCGGGCCCGGCCGACGUGGACUUCCGGUCUGGGCGUGAGGAGAAGAGGCGGCAUGGAGCUCGAGGCCAUGAGCAGAUAUACCAGCCCAGUGAACCCAGCUGUCUUCCCUCACCUCACGGUGGUCUUGUUGGCGAUUGGCAUGUUCUUCACUGCCUGGUUCUUCGUCUAUGAGGUGACCUCCACCAAAUAUACCCGGGACAUCUACAAAGAGUUGCUCAUCUCUCUGGUGGCCUCACUCUUCAUGGGCUUUGGUGUCCUCUUCCUCCUCCUCUGGGUUGGCAUAUAUGUCUGACCCAUUGCUUAGGCUCCAGUCAGAAGACCUUGCGGAAUUCCACUUUUUUUAAAAAAAAGAAAAUUUUGUACUCUGGCAAAAAUUGUUCCAGCUGUGGACAAUAAAGGCAGAUGUGUCAUGGCCCUCGCUGAA